GCCUGGUGGGAAGUUAAAAGGUUUACAUAAACCUUCCACAAUAUAUCUAGGCUAAAAUCUAGCCAAAAGUCUAGGCUACAAACAUCUUGGCAUAAACAAAUCCCAUUUGUAAGACAUAGGCCACGGGUUUUUCGUUUUAUUUGAACUCUUGUGCUUCGAUGAGGUGAAACUGAUUUGCCCGCAGCAACGACAACAACGACAACAGUAUGGGAAGGGCGCUUUGCUGAGGCAAAAGAACGCAAGUUUAAUCUGACAUUAAAAACAUUCUGAGAAGCUGAUUCAGCUUAUGGACAAGAUCAAUAUCAUCUUUUUGAAUAGUCAACUGCAAGUUGCAAGAGCUGGUGAUCAAACCACGCAGUUGUAUUAGGCGUUUGCAAGAAACGACUUUGCGACAAUCUAGCCUGGCUGGCUUCAGAACGGUUUUAUAGCGAGAACAGUCAAUAUGGUAGCCAAAAAUAAUGCAUCCAUGAUUGAAAAGUCAAAGCAAAAAAAGAAAAUUAAUGACGAGCAUAGCAGGAAUUAUGAUGCAGGAGCUGUUGAUGUUAAUGAACGGCAGUUGCGAAGAACAGGAGUUAGAGGAAGAAAAGUCUAUGUCUUGCUCUUCCUGCUUAUGAUAUUGCUCUUGCUGUUUAUUGCAAACCUUGUGAUCUUGAUUGUCAUAUUAUACAUUGAUAACAUCAACCAUAAAGGUAUGGAAAGUAUCUCAUUUUAUAAAGACGGAAAAACAAAAUGGCAUCAGGAUACAGAUAUGGAAUAUGUAUACCCACUUGAUGAUGUCAUUGGUGGAUAUGCAAAUGAAAACAUAAACAUUGAUGGAGAUGGCCAGAGCGUAUUCAUUCAAGGAGGGAAAUUUCAAGAUUCUCCAUCAGUUUUGGUUGGACCUAGUGGUACAGAUUUGAAGAUUAAAAGAAGUUUCACAUUUGCUGACCCAUUUGAAGGCAAGAAGAUACUCCACUUAGAUCACAACUCAAUACUAAAGAAAGAAGGAAGAUUUGUUGGAGAUAUGCUAACAACAAACAGUCUUCGUACUCCAAGGAUCACUUCUGAUGAUGAAAAAGACCUCACGUUUUCUGGCAGGUUUAUAAAUAUAACUGGUAGUGAAGGUGUUUACAUGGAUUCUAAGCUGUUCCAGUUUGAAACAGAUGGUGAUAUCAAGAUAAACAUUGAAGACUCUAAGAGUAGCCUAAGAAUGGGGUCUUCGGUGCAACUUGAUCGAUCAAAAUUGAAAGACACUUCAUCAAAACAUCACAAAGUCCUCAACCCCCACCGAUAUAGAUUAUGUGGUUGUGCUAGCAGUGGCAAACUUUUCAAAGUACGAAUCGUGGACGGGAAAGGGCUUUCAUGCUCAACAGCCUCUACAAACCCAUGUGCAUGAAGCUGUGUCCUUGUAAAGCCUCACCUUUGUGUGUUAAUUUUCUUGCAAUAUCAAUGUAACAUGUAUCAUAACAGCUUUCUGGUAGCUUUUGCAUUUUUGAAAUGAGUAAUCUUUUAACUAAUAUGAGUAACUUUUAGAUUUUGGAUUCAGUUACAGUAGAUGAAAAAUCUGAACAAUUUGUAUAGUUAUGGCCAGUCCAAAGAAAGGUUUAUAAUCAUAUGCCUGUAAGAACCCAUACGGUAGCAUUUGUAUUUGAGUCAUGUUUUUUUACUAUACACCUCACCAACUGUUUAUUAACUGUAUCCAUAGCGGCAUAGAAUAUUUAACAAUAAGUAGUUUAGUCAAUUUAUCUUUAGUAUUUAACAAAUAAAGUAACUGCCACCUAACUUUGUCUUAUUAAAUUACUAUUAAUAGUUAUGUUUUUUUCUUUAUGGGCUUCAAGCUGAAGUUUUCCCAGUCAGUUUUUUACCGUAGAACAGACAAUGACAGCUGUUUUGUUUUGUCUGUAAUAAAUGAAGGUCUUUUAGUUCAAAGAGCUAUCCAUAUGAAUUGUCUCUUAAUUUUGUGUCUAUGUCUUGUAUGAAGUCAGAAUUGAUGGAUGAUGGAUCUUCAUCUAAUGUGAAAUGUAUUUUCCCAUAUUGUGUUCUGACCACAUAUUGCUAUAUGUAACCAAGGCUUUGUUUUUUUGAAAUAAUUUAGACUUUAAAAUAGCCGUAUUUGUAAAGCUCUGACUUAUUUUAUACUGAUAUUGUCGUAUUU